AUGCUGCAGAUGCAGCAGCAGCAACAGAUGCAGCAGCAUCAGAUGCUGCUGCAGCUGAUGCUGCAACAGAUGCAGCAGCAGCAUCAGAUGCAGCAGCACCAGAUGCAGCAGCGUCCGAUGCAGCAGCAUCAGCUGCAGCAGCAUCCGAUGCAGCAGCAGCUGCAGCCGCUACAUCCAGGCGCUGGCGCUGACUCUGAUAACAGAUACGAUGAGAAGAACGCCGAUAAGGGCAGCUGCAAUGAUAAAGAGAGUUAA